AUGGUUUCACUUAGUAGACUUUUCCCUUUGCUUUUGGUUUUGUGCAUUGUGUGCUCUUCAACUACUUUACAAACUGCAAAAGCCACUAGGCUUCUUGACAUGGAGCAAUGGCUGAAGAAACAAGUUCCUCUAUUGGAGUCCCACCCUCGGGGUCCGGUCCCACCGUCGGGCGGCUCACGUUGCACUUACAUUCCCGGCCAGGGUAGUGGCACCUGCUCCUUGAACGGAAUGAACUUUGCCGGCCACGUCGUCCGUGCACCACCGGCGUUUCCUGCUGGUGGUAGUGACUUUGCAGCAGCUACCAUGACAAAAGAAGCUAAAGAGGAAAAUCCAAGUUCUUGA